AUGGCCGACCGUAUAUGGGACCUCGCCGUCCCCCUCAGCACCGCGCCCAUCUUCGACGAUGCCGUCUACCUGUCCGAGGCCCUGGGCCUGCCCGUCGCCCACGCUGAAGACGACGUCGACGCCGACCUGGCCCUGCAGGCCCGCGAGUCCGGUAUCCUCGAUCCUUAUCGCUUCCUGCCCCCACCACGAUCCGUCUCCAGAGCCAUGUCCACCAUGACCUUGGACAGCGACCAGGCGAGUGCCACCUCGAUCCGCUCCCAGGAAACCCACUCGACCAGCUUCACCUCGGCCCCCUCGCGCACCUCGAGAGACCAUGUCUACUCGACCGACCAUCCCUCGGCCAAGCGCGCGCCCCCAACGCCUUCACACGCUCCGCAAUCGCUCGACACUGCCCACCCACCCAUUGAGCGCCUGGAUCCUGCCGCGCCUGCAACCAAGUCCCCGGCCUUGUCGAGCAGGUCUUCGGUCCUCUCUGUUACCCCAUCCUCGCAGCAGAAGCAGUCGCGGAAAAAGCGAGGCUCAGCCAUCUUCUCCAAGCUGCGCAGAGAAUCGAGGUAUUUCGCCACUGUGAGCCUGCACGCGCGCGUGGCCAAGACUUGCAGUGGUAGCCACGUCGCAUCCCAGAGCAACGACCACGUCGCAGCGGUAGAGGGUGGCCAUGUUGAAACUUCAGCACCGCGCGCGGCAGUUGGAGAAAAGACGGACUUUGUUACAGAAAGCGCUGUACAGGCGUCGGAUGUGGCCCUUCAACGGAACCCCGGUUCCUGCAAACCCGGAGUAUUACUACCAAGCGAACCGUUGCUCUCGGCCAAAAGUCCUCUGGGCUCCGAAACGUCAUCAACAGUAUCGAGCGUGCCGGCCCGACAUUCUACGCAUGAGCCAAUCAGCACAGACCCCGCCCUUGCAAAAGCUGCCUUCAAGAGCUUCAAGCUGCAGCAGAGAGAGCAAUGGGACCAAGUCUCGGCUUUUGAGUGCAUGCACGCAAUCGAAGCAAAGGCAAAGGGGGUAUAUGGAUCGUAG